AUGUCUUUCACUAACUUACAUAUUGGUAAAAGUGUAGCGAUAAGAAAUAUUCGCUUGCACCACCUCCGAUCGUGGGGGCUCGAGAUAAAUUACGAAGAGGCAGAAGGCGUUUGUAUACCACGUAGCUUUCUCUAUAGCAAUUAUACCCAGUAUUGUCAAGAAGCGAAUAUUCAUGCCGUUAAUGCUGCUAACUUUGGAAAGAUUCUUCGCCAAGAAUUUCCGAAAGUUUUGACAAGGAGAUUGGGUCAUCGCGGAAGAUCAAAGUAUCACUAUUACGGAAUUUGUAUUAAGGAGACUUCGGAAUUCUAUAAAGAAAUAUACGGAAGAAAGAUGCUUAUUCGGGAAGAAUUAUCACGAAAGUCGGAGAAAAGGUUUGAAGGCGAGCAUGGGAUUUCACAAGUUCAAAAUGCCUUAGAUUUGCCUAAUAUUGAUGACUGUUGUAUUCCUUCUGACUUACCUCAAGACAAAAUUAUCACCUUUACUUUAAUGUAUUCGACUCACUGCCAGCGUAUCUUAAGCACCUCGAGUACUCACAACUUUACUGAAACAUGUGAUUUCUUAAUUCAUUUCUGGCAAAUGCUACCACCUCAUUUAUAUGAUAUCUUAAAUACAGAUAUUGUAGUUAAGAUUGUUGUCGUCUAUGAUUUAUUGGUUUAUAAGGCCCUUUGCCAAUUUUUAAAGCCCAAUCCUCAAGAGUUACUACCUGCAAAGUUAUCCGCAGGUGCUAGAACUUUUGGCAAGAAUUUGCUAUGUAAAAUUAAAGAAGCGUUAAGUGAUUCUAUGCAACAGCUGAGGUCGGCAAAGCUUCGGGUGGCAGAAUACUUUUGUUUAAUGCUUAUGCGCUUAACAACUAUAAAUCACAUAUUCCAGAAAAAAAUGAAGAGGUACAAUCGAUUGCAAAGAUGUAAACAACUUAUGAUGAUUUGGAAUUAUUUUACAUCAAGAGUUAUUCGCGAGUUAACACUGCACGGAGCCGAUAGCUUUGGUAAAGAAGGAGAUGAUGUUAAUUCUACUUAA